GAGUUUCAUUUCAUUUGUUUGCCACACACCAUUCGUCAUUGCCACAAACAAAUUUUGAAAAAAAAAAUCAUUUUAAGAAAAUAUUUUGUACGAGCAAGCAAUUUAAGCGGCGAAAAAAGUAAAAAAAAUAAAAAAUAAAUAUGUCCGAACAAGAGGAGAAGGAGGAGGAUACGGAAGCUGAGGUGGUGCAGAAAGUCGAGCCGUCAUUUGGUGAGCAUGUCAUCGAUCUGAGUCACUCAUUCGGCUACGAUUGCAAGCGUUUCUUCAAUCUGGUGCUGCUCGGCGAAAAAACGCUCGUGUUUGCUUCCGGCGAUUAUUUGCAUUACUUCAAUAUAGCAACGCGUAGGGUGACAUUUCGCAAGACGGUUUUCGGCGGUGGCAUCGGCUUUAUAACGCGCAACGAGCAUCCCGACUUCGUCGAUCUAUUCACCGUAGCCGAGAAUGGCGUGCGUCCGACCAUCUUCAUCUACGAAUAUCCCUCACAUAAGGUGCGCAUCAAGUUGGAGAAUGCGGCCAAGUCUUGCUUCACCUGCGGCUCAUACAACUCAACCGGCGAACUGUUCGCUUCGCAAGCUGGUUAUCCAGAUUUCAUGCUCACCAUUUGGCGUUGGCAAACCGCCGAUGUGAUCUUGCGCUCCAAGUCUUUCCAAAAUAAUAUACUGCACGUGCACUUUUCGCACUUCAAUCCCAUACUUUUGGCCUCCUCUGGCCUGAGCCACAUUAAGUUUUGGAAGAUGGCCAACACAUUCACGGGACUGAAGCUGAAAGGUGAUUUGGGUCGCUUCGGCAAGACGGACUUCAGUGAUAUUUGUGCGAUUUAUAUGCUGCCCGAUGAGAAUGUGAUCUCAGGUUGUGAUUGGGGUAAUAUGUUGCUGUGGGAAGCCGGUUUGAUUAAGUUCGAGAUCACGCGUAAGGGACGCAAGCCGUGUCAUACCAAGCCGAUUACGCGCAUCACUAUGGAUGAGGGUGAAGUGACCACUGUCGGUAUGGAUGGUUAUGUGCGUAUUUGGUAUUGGGAGACCGUCGAUUUGGCCGAUCCGCCGGAUGAUGAUCGUUUUGUGGAGAUUGAACCGAUUUAUGAAUUCAAAAUUGGCGAUUGUGAGAUACGUGGCUUGCAGAAGAUUAAACCGUUCGAUAAAAAGGAUUUCAGUUACUAUGCGCAGGAUGGCAACGGCGGCAUUUGGUUCUGUGACCUGAACACCUAUGAUGUGCCGAAGCCACCGCGAAAACUCUACAACUGCCAUGGCGGUAAAGUGGUCGCAGCGCAGACGAGUCCCGUCUCGUCGCAUCUCAUGACGCUGGGCGAGGAUGGAAAAAUGUUCCUCUUCAAUUAUAUAACGAACACUUUAGUGUUGGAGAAGAAAUUCAUUUCACCGGGCUCCGAUUUUAUUUGGCUCUCCACGAAAGUCUCCAGCACUGGUAUGGAUUUGAUUGCCGGCUUCAAGGACGGUAUACUGCGGCAAUUGGUGUUGGAUAUGCGCAAUGAGAAACAUAUCGAAUUGCAUUUGGUGCGUGCCAUUAAGGCGCACGUUGGUCCAAUAACCAAAUUGGCCAUCAAUCCGCGGCAAACCUGUCUGGUGGUGUCUUCCGCUGACAAAUCCAUAUUUGUCUAUAAUAUUAAGGAUAAGGAAAAUAAUAUGGUGUACUUGAGACCGAUGGGCUUUGUGGUGCUCAGCGCUGUGGUGAAUUGCUUCAAUUGGAAGAACGAUGAGUACUCGACAAUUUUGAUGGGCUGCAAGUCUGGUGAGGUGUACGAAUAUCAAAUACCCAGUCGCGUCACAGACGAACAAACCUUUCUCAGCUACAAUAUCACCGAUGCGAAUAAAUUGAAGUCCACACGCUUUGUCUCAGUGAAGAGUCGCAUAAGAAGAGAUCAAAAACGUGAAAAGAUAAAGAAGCGUAAAGAGAAGAAACGUCAACGGAAAUUAGCGGAAAUAGAUAAGUUGAAGGCCGCCAAUCCUGGGUUGCAAAUCGAUCUGGAGACCGCGUUGGCCGACUCGGAACCCGACGAAGAGGAAGAACCUUUACAUAUACCAGCUGCGCCGAAUCCGGUUAUUUGGCUGCGGUAUACACGCGAUAACACCAUCUGGGUGUCGAUGGGUGGCUUUGAUGCUGGUUAUAUUUAUGAGAUGAUCUUCGGUUAUGCCGAGCCCUAUAAGUGCACUGUGAUUGCGGACGGCGAUGAUUGUGAAAUACAUUCUUAUUUAACCAUCGAGGACUACUUGAUUUUCGGUUUGGUGAAUGGAAAGUUGCGCAUAAAUCGUACCACGCCAAACGAUUUCACCGAUUUUCGUGACUAUCGCCUGUUUCCGAUGCAUGAUGCCCAUAAUGGCAUUAUAACGCGCAUCUUGUCCAGCUACGAUGGAUGCUACAUAUUUAGUGUUGGUCACGAUGGUAAUAUAUUCUGCUAUAAUUGGCAUGGACCGAAAGUGGCGCAUGGUGGCCCCUUGGAAGGGGUUACCUAUGCUAACCUUAAAGAUUUCCGCGCGGAUGAUAUAGACGAUCCGGAGUUUCCUUCGUUGGAGCAGGAGAAAAUCUAUGCCGAGAUCAAACGCAAAGAGGAAGCAGCGCUCGCACACGAUCGUAAAGUGCUAUCACAAAUCGGUGAAUUACAGGUGAAAUUUAUCGAUAUUAAAGACGAGAUGGCGACGCUAGAUGAAGAACUGAUAUUGCCGCAUAAGAAACUAUUGCUCGACGAACGCAUUACCAAACAAAUUAAGGAUGAGCUGCAGGCUGAGCUGGAUGAUGUACGCGACGAUUUGGCGUACGAUCUCGAGGUGGCCGAGGUGGGUAAGAAUAAGCUGUACGAUCACUUUCUGAAGAACUUGGAUCAUGUGCCGAUCGUAGUGAGUGGCAUGAGCAAAGACAUAAAAGUCGCUUCGUUUCGUGUGGAGAAACUUGGGGAAGAAUUUCAAAAAAUCAAAGACGAAAUCGAGGAACGUUUGAGAGCCGAGGCAGCCAAACGUAGAUCUAUCGCACCCAUUGUGGCGGAAGCGAAAGAACCCAGCAUGCCAGAGCCGGCUGCGGAGAAUUUCUUCUUCGGUCGGGAUCCCAACACAAUCAUACCACGUUUCAGUAAGAAAAUGUUACGUUUGUUGCGACGCUAUCGAUCCCGCCAGUUGUACGAGGUCGAGCGCAUUUACACUUGGGAUCGCAUGGAGCUUUGUAAGCCCGAUCCGAACAAAAAUCAUCCCGAAGAUGAACGAAAAAUUGCCGAUGCCGAGCGUAAUUUGGGUGAUUACAAGCUAAAAAUCGGUUACGACUAUGAACCGCGUACAAACGAAUCGUUAACCUACAAAUACAUUGAACUGGUGAACUCCCGACAGGCCCACUACCUAACCUUGGAUCACUUCAAUAGAGAACUAUUUCAAUUGCGCAAACGCAAAUGGUACCUGUACGAGUAUAUAGAAGAAUCCCGUAAACGUUUGAAGCGUUUGCAUGAGUUUCUACCGUUUGGAAAUCGCGAAUACUUGAUACCCAUACGGGAAAUCGAUAUGAUUGAAGAAUACCCAGAACGUAAUUUGGAUGAGCACUGUAAACCCGGAUGUGGCAUUGAUAUUGAGGAUAUACUAUAUUUGGAGAAGAAAGUUGAUGAUCUCUUGCCACCGCCAAAGGUAACAACUAAGGAGGCGAAACUUUCGGUACGCGAUAAGAUCGAACAGUCGUUGUACAAGUCUUUGCAUGCCUUCGAAGUGGACGAGUUGCCCGAUAUAAAGGAUAUACUAAGCGAAAUCGAUAGUUAUCCCGGCUUCACAGAGCCGGAAUUCUUCGAGCGCAAUGAGGAGGGCUUCGCACCAUGGGUAUCGGUAGCGCGCUACCAAUGGCUAAUCGACUUGAGAGAUGAGCAAAGCGGCUUGGUGUUGAAGGUGAAGAAUCGUGUUAGGGAUUUCGAUAAAGAUCUGCUUGCAAUGGUUGCGCUCCGUUGUAAAUGUUUCUACGAAUCAGAGUUUAUGCACUGCUAUAUGAUCACAUUGAAUCAAGAAUUGAAUAUUUUGCGUGACAGUGAAGAGAUCGAAAAUCAAUUGUUGUUCAAUGCUGACGAGGCGAUGAAGACGCGUAAUGAAAUGCAAGCGGUAAUCAAUACGAAGAAUCGACAAAUUGAAGACUUCAAAAAGAUUGCCGACAAGCUGAACGAACAAAUAUUGACGGUACAACAGAAAUUCAUGAGCACCUGCAAGGGUCAUAAGUUUUUCGAUUUCUUGCGGCGUAUAUUUAAGAAGCGUUGGCGACCGCCAAAACCACCGAAGGCCGAUGAUGAAUCGUCGGAGUCCUCAUCGAGCGCGGAAUCGUCCAGUGAGGACGAGGAUGCCGAUGCUAAGAGUAUCGAUUCAACCGAUAUGACCACCAUUCGGCUGGAUGAAAGUCAUUGCCCUUCGGGACUUGAACGUAGUACAUACGACUUGGCUUUUCAGCUACGCUCGGAACGACAUGCGCUGGAAAAGGUUAUGAUGGAGACACAAAAGGGUAUUGAACAGCGUCGCGCGGAUGUAGCCGAGCUGCAAAAGAAAAUGAAGUAUCACGAGGAGGUUUAUGCGCAAGAGAAGGAAACAUUGCUGGUGUUUCGGCGCAAACGUCAGCAGGAGUUGAAUAAAAUUAAUAUCUCGGUAAUAUUGUCAAUGGACCAAUUGCAACAUUUCAAAUCCGGUGAUAGUUACCUCGAUCUAAGUCGUGCCAUACUCUUCGAUGCCAAUCGUCUGAUUUCACUCAAGGAACGCGUCUCACAACUAAAUGAGGAAACACAAGAGACCCGACGGCUCCAUCGUAUCAACGUUGUGCAUUUACGUCGCAUGAAUACCGAUAUCAGUUUCAUGCGCAACGAAAUAACACGAUUGGACAGCGAUAUCAAACAGGAGAUGAUUAAAAAGUUUGGCAUGAUCAUCAAUUUGGAUGAAUUGGAGGAGGAGGUCUUACGUAGGUAUGUAUUCGAUUUGGAGACGUCGGCUGAGGAUGAGUUCAGACUGAUCGAUCAGGAGAUCGCUAGAAAAAAGCGGGAGCUUGCGAAUUUGGAGGAGGAAUUGAUACGCGAGACUAAACUCAACGCAGAGAAGUUGAACAUUCUAACAGUGUUGCAUGAGGAAAAGAACUUUUUAUACUCGCUUUUGAAAUCGCAAGAGAACAACUUUGAAAAGUGGAUGCAACCGCAUAAAGUGAAUCUCGAUCGAGAUGUGGAGAAACUAACGCAAAUACACAAAGAGCAAAAGCAUACCAUCCAGUGCUUGGAACGCGAAAUUUGUACGCUGCGCUUGAAAUCGAAGCCGCUGCAACUCUUCCACGAAGUCGUCAAAGGCGACAUAAUUGAUAAGACCGAACAGCAGGAUGACGGCGUCACAUGUCCCAAAUCCCUGGCGUCCGAAGCAUACCUCCAACGCAUGGAACCCGAUCAAUUCACUACCGAUCGCAUACGAAAAAUCGUACAAAAAUACUUCGCGCAAUGGUUCAACCGUUAUGCCACAUCGGAUAAUAUACGGAAGAAUGCGAAGAAGGUCACACGCUAUCUGGCGCAGGCCGCGCACACAUUCGAAGGUAAGAUAACCGAACGCAUAUUAGAUUGCAUAACACAAGCUUUGGAGUCCAUGAUGCCGAAGAAAUAUCUAGUGCACAUGUCCAAAGAGAAUUUGGAGAAAAUGUUUCGCGAUGUGCUCAAUGCCUACGACUAUCAGUUGUCCGAAGUGAAUACAGAUGAAUUGAUCAGCGGCAUCUAUUACAAUGUCCUGACGCGACUGGAUCAAGAGAAGGCCGUGCUGAAUAAAACACAAUACAUUUUGUUGCGCCUCUUCGAGCAGUUGAUCGAACUACUGCCAUUAGAGGAGUUCCAAAGUGAGCGCACCACACGUUUGCUGAUGCAACUGCUCGCCGAUGAUGCGAAAAUCGAUCCGCGUUGUAUCAAUGUCGACGACAUCGUUGACAAGAUGGUGAAGUAUGCGCGUGAAAAUCUGCUCGAUGGCAUAACGGCAAUGCCGAUUAGACGUUUGGCCAGUAAUCUCUAUAAGGAAUUGAGCGCACAUAAGGCGGUGGGCGUGACAAUCAGAUGUACGCUGGAAGCAUCGAAAAAAGAGCCAAAUAUGCAGAAAAAGAAAUUUUAAUUUAUGUGAUGUGAAUUAAAAUUUUAUUUUUCAUUUUGAAUUAAUAAAAUUCAAUUUUUAUUA